CGAGGUGGCUGCAUGUGGUGGCGCGGACCCAGCGCCCGGGCUGCGAGAGGAGGAGGCGGCAGCCGGCUCUGCUCUCCGCUUGCUCCCGGCUCCCGCACCCCGGCUGUGGGCACCCCUCCUGCCAGUGGCGGGCAGCCGCACUCCGGCCGCUCCGAGCAGCCCCUCGGUGCUUCUGCCCCGCCGGUUCCGGCAGCAUGGACUCGGACUCCGCGGAGCUCAGCGAAGGCGAGCUGGUGUCGCCCGCAGGUCCUGAUUAUUUCAGUUCCAAGAAUCUCGCACUGCAAGCCCAGAAAAAGAUCCUGAGUAAAAUGGCAACCAAAACCAUGGCUAACAUGCUCAUCGAUGACACAAGCAGUGAAAUCUUUGAUGAGCUGUACAAAGUAACAAAGGAACAUACGAGAAACAAAAAGGAAGCCCAUAAAAUUAUGAAAGACCUGAUUAAAGUGGCAAUAAAAAUUGGGAUCCUGUAUCGAAAUAAUCAGUUCAACCAUGAAGAGCUGGAAAUCGUAGACAAGUUCAGAAAGAAGCUGAACCAAACUGCAAUGACAAUUGUCAGUUUCUAUGAGGUAGAGUACACUUUUGACAGAAAUGUUCUUGCAGAACUUCUGAAUGAAUGUAAAGACCUUGUGCAUGAACUGGUAGAUCGACACCUGACACCAAGAUCCCAUGGGCGCAUCAACCACGUCUUCAACCACUUUGCGGAUGUGGAGUUUCUAACUGCCCUGUACAGUCUUGAUGGGGAUUGUCGGCCAUACCUCAAAAAGAUCUGUGAUGGCAUCAACAAACUACUUGAUGAGAAGGUACUUUGAAACCAUGCUCCAAACCAAGAAGCCAACCAAAAACUUCUGUCCAGAACUGGCCACCCUUCAUGAGCCACGGUGAGCAAGCGAGCUUCCUUCCCUCCGGUCUCUUAGUACAGUCUCCAACAAGGGCCAGAAAGUGCUCACCAGGUUCAUGAUGAACUUCAAUCAGAAAGCUAUCAAUUUUAAUGUUUUGUUCCAAUAACUUGGUCUUUUCCAAGAAGCAGAGCGAACAAGGCUUCUGGUAUUGUUGAGAAAGAGAUUGCUACACACCACAAUCUUACUACCUUUGUGUACAAGGCUGAACAUGGGAAAAGAAAGUAAACUCAAGUGCAUGGCUAUGUAAAACUAGACAGGUGAAGGCUAAAGAGCGAUGCAUGGAAUUUACCCCCAGGCUCUUGGUGCAUAUGUUUUUAUUAUCUCCAUGAAAAAGCUUAGACAGAAAGUAGGGCUGUAAUGGAUUAAGCUCACUCCUUUCAAAAGGAUCAGGAAUCAAUAUGAGAAGCCAUCUCUGAUUUUGCAUGGUAUUUAAGAAGUCUGAUAGGAGAAUACCAAAUAAUACAAACUGAGUGGAAGUGGGAGAAAAUUUAAAUAACUGCUCAAUAAUGAAGUAGUGUUUCCAUUAGAGAGUUUUGUUUCAUACCUGCUAACAUGGGGAAGGUUUCAUUUUAAACUGGAAAAGCAGCUCAACAGUUCGAGCUCAGAGGUAAUCAGAAAACUAGACAAAGCAGUACAUCAGUUUCCCACUCUCAGGGCUUGUUUAACAUCAGGCAAGUUUAGCCCAAAGGAUGUGCUGCUCUUUGUGCUCUUACUGUUUUGCCUGACAGAACAACACAUUCUUUGCGAGGAGUUUGAAAUUGCACCUAUGAAGAUGAACAUGACGAAGACACCAGUGGGGUGACACCAAUGGAGUGAUACGAAUGGAGCAACAUCAAUGGAGCGACACCAAUGGAGCGACAUCUACAUUCCCUAUCCUCAGGGAAUGAAAACAUUCAGCCUAGAUAAAACAUGCAGUUUAACAUGUCCAAGACAUUAAUUUGUGCCUACACUAAACCAGGUGUGAUAAAGGAAGCCCCAUUCAUGCUUGCAGUGCCAUCCAAGGAUAGUACAUCUGCAGGAGCCUGAAGAGAACAGUCUUAGAAACUCCAUGGAGCUUCAUGAAUGAUUUCUUCAGAAUGUUGUCAGUGACUUGGGUUAUUUCCCCCUUUUUUAAUGAAAUAGACCAAUGUCUUCAAUCUGGAAACAUUUUGCAAAGAAAUACUGGUUUCUGCACAGUUUUGUUAGGAUUAAGGGAGAACUGGAAAAGAGCAGAUAGACAAGCUUGGCACUUGUAGGAUCCUGGAGCUGAGAAGGUGCUGACACUAAAGGAAGUGUGUUCAGAAAUCUAUCAUCUUUGCCCUCUACAUGUUAUCCUCCAGCCUCACUUCCAUCUACUGGUAUUUCAGGGUCAUGUACCAGCUACUUUUAUUUGACACAGACAGCAGACAGCCCCAUUAUCUGGAGAUAACACCUUCCAUAUCACAUAUAAUACAAAGAUGCGUUUGAAAUUUGACAAAGGCAAGAAAAUAUAUUUGAAAGCCAUUCCUCUCUACAGAAAACUUCCAGUGUUGAUAAUUUAUUACUCUAGGAUUUAAAAAAAAAUAUAAUCUUUCUCAUUUAAAUUUUUAAACACUAUGAUGGUAGAGAAAACUGUUCAAAAUUUUAUUCUUCUUCUGUCUUUCCUCACCAUAACUGUGUUUUAUCUCUUACAACAACAGUUCUUACUAUCACACUUUUAUGCAGAGAAUACACAUACCCAGAUCAUAUUCACUUGGAUUGUGCUACAUGGAUUUUUAUCUGUUCCCAGGAGAAAUCGCUUGGAGCACAGUAAAAAUGGCAGCACAAGAUAUUAGCAAAGCAGCUUAUAAUGGUGUAAAUUUUCCCUCAUCUUUCCUUUAACCAUAAAAAUUAAAAUUAGUGUCAAUGAGGGUGGACAACUCCUUUGCAACACAGAACAGUAACAAAACACCAACAUCUGGAGUUGCAAGAUCAGCCAUUUGCAGAGCCAUAGGUACAUGCAGCAUUAGCUACAUUUUUUCCAAGCAUGUACUUGUCAGUCGAUGCUUUUGAACAGUAUUUAUUGUAUCCAACACUCCUGUCUCAGUGCCAAUUUCAGAUUUUGUGUGCUUAUUUCACUUGUGGCAAACAAAUUUAAGAUCUUUUGUUUUUUAAAGCCAGAGAAAGGAUUAUUUCACAUUCAAGAUGUCCAAAGGAAAGGGAUCUCUGUGACUUUCUGUUUGUGUGUUGCAAGUAUCAAUAUUCAGAUUCUGGUAUUUUAGACACACCAGCUGAACAUCUGUGUUUUAUUUAUAAAUCUGAGUAGCCUUAAGGAAAGAGAUGUUUUCAAGUAUUUCUCAUACUUGCCUACCCUGUAUCUCCAUUGUUUACUUUUGUAGCUUGGUAUGUAAUAACAUUGCUAAAAUACAGGCAAUGUUCAGGUCACCCUAAGUAUAUGAUGUAUUAUCAUAUUUGUGGAUUAAAAAUGUGUGAUUACUGCCCU